UCGCGCAUGUCCCGCCCCAGCCGGUAAGGUAUUUCCGCCAAGAUGGUUGUCGGUGCCUUUCCAAUCGCUAAAUUGCUCUAUUUGGGCGUACGGCAGUUGAGCAAGCCUGUGGCGAACAGGAUAAAAGCAGGGGCACGGAGAAGCGAGUUUUUCAAGACUUACGUAUGUGGCCCCCCAGCACAAAUUUACCACUGGGUAGAAAUGCGGACCAAGAUGAGAAUCAUGGGAUUUCGGGGCUCCGCGAUCAAGCCUCUUAAUGAGGAGGCAGCAGCUGAACUUGGGGCAGAGCUUCUAGGCGAGACGAUUAUCUUCUUGAUUGGAACAGGCUGCAUGAUCCUGGAGUACAGCCGUCAGGCUGCUAACUCGCGCCGUAAGGAGGAGGAGCUCAGUGAGACCAUCACCAACUUGCAGCAACAGGUGGGAGAGCUGGCACUCACUACAGAGACUCUGGAUGCCCAGCUCCGAGAAGUCAAUAGGCUGCUUAUGGCCCUCCCCUCCCCACAACCCCAGAAGUAAUGUCAGAGCCCGUCCUGGCAUGGUGGCAUGGGACUGAUUGAACGUCUGUAUGUGGAGAGAGAUUGUGCCAUAGUACAGUACAGCACUGCCAACCUGGCAGCCUUGUUUAGGUCAUGCUGCGCACAUCCAAAUCUUUAAAAAAAAAAACUAAAAAAAAAUCAGUGCCUACCUCUUGACUGGGGUUGAGGGCCAAUAAUGGAUAUGGAUGGGCUGAUUUACACCUGACAAAGCAGCCUAAUGUAACAGAAUUUGCUGUGGUUUGAGACUAUUUAUUUUGCUGAGUGUACUCUGCGUGUCCGAUCACAAGGGUGAUAUAGUCAACACAGACCAUGUUAAUUUCCACCUGGAUUUAACUGUAAUUUAAAACAAGAUUUGUUGAAACAUAUCAUGCUUACCUUGCAUUUCAUUGAGCUCUAUGGAAAAUGUGGCAUGUGUAAUUGACAAAAUUAUUGUAAAUAUGUUCCUUGCUGUUGUACAAUGAUUAUUAGCGUGGGGGAAGAGUCCUAUCUUGGAACCUGCUUGCUGAUCUGUAGAUUCCAUGGGUUGUGGGCCACAUCACAUGCAUACUUGUAUUUGAAUUGUAAAUAUUGAUAAUAGAAUAAAUUACACAAUAACUCCAA